ACGCAGUGUUCUAUCGUGAAUUAUCACAAUAUGCGCACAGCUGUCUCAGCUGUUUUGAUUUGUUAGCGGUGUGCUGCGCGUGUGAAAAUAUUUCCUAUUUUUCUGUUAUUGAAGUGAAAUAUUUUAUAGUUUUCACAAAAAAAAUAGUGCGCUUACAAUUGGCGUUGCGUGACAACUUGCGAAAAAUAAAAGUUUACAUAUACAUAGAAAGUAACUAUGGCACAGCUACUCAGAAAAGUAAUGCUGCUAUCCUGUCGUGCGCCUAUCACACAAUCGCAACGCUUCCGUGGUAAAAUCAAUAUACAACGUCCACGUGCGCCCCACUAUGAACGUGCCAAGGUGCUAGCUGCCGCCCAAUAUUCGCCGGCUAAAGUCGAAGAUUCCAAAAAGAAUACAACAUGUUUUCAACGUCGACAACGGGAGGCAGAUAUAGAGAAUCCUUAUAUUGCGGUAAUUGCACGCGAAGUACGUAAUUGGUUUGAACAUUCACGUAUGAUUGGGUUCUAUCACCUGAAUUCAAUCAAUGCUGAUGAGCUCUUCACCAUACGCGCACAACUGCACAAACAAAAUAUGCAUUUAAAAGCUUAUGGUAAAAAAAUUGUACAAAAAGCUGUUGAAGACACACGUUUUGAAGCAAUUUUACCAUUAUUCGAAAGCAAUAAUUGUGUUGUUUUCUCAACCCAACAGCAGGUGUCACAACUUUUGCGUAUUACACGUCGUGUGCCACAAAUGUUAUUAAUGGCUGGUAUCGUUGACGAGCGUUUACUAAGUCGUAAUGAGUUUAUGGCAUAUGCACAAUUACCCGGUCUGCAGGCAGCGCAAGGAGAAUUAGCACAAACACUUAAUAUGGCAGCGGGUAAUGUUGUUCAGCAAUUGGAAACUCAUCAAAAGAAUUUUGUUAAUGUGCUCGAUGUAUACGCAAAGGGUGAAACGAAUGAAAAUACGCCUGCCAAGCAGGCGAAAGAAGAAGACAAGGCGUGAAGUGAAUUAAUAUACACUAGUGCCUAAAUAUUAUAUUUAAUUAAAACAAAUUUUAAUAUACCAUAAUUAAAAACCAAAGUUGUACUUUAAAAAAGAAAUUAUUAACAAAGUGUUUAUGUGUGAAAGUGUGUGUAUGAGUGCUAUAAAUACGAGAAUAACUAGAUAAUAUUUGAAUGGAGCUACUAAGAAUAUAUACUUUGCUGCACUGGCGAAUAUAUGAUUAGGCUUUAGUUUCCACCCUUCAGCAGUCAUCAGCUGUUUCCAAGCGGCCAUUCUACAAAUGUUUACAAAUCCAUAAGAUACACUUUCGUCAUACAUACACACACACACACACAAAAUGUGUAGCUACAAAACAAAGCAGGCACGAUGUAAUGUCAUUAUAUAUUUAUAUAU